AUGUUCCCCGAUGACUUCUGGCCCAUUCUCUUCUUCGGCUCCAGCUCCAUCUGCAUCGGCAUCUUCGCCUGUCUCACCUUCACAGUCUUUAGCAUUCUAUAUGAGCGCCGGGCCGCAGAUGGGGUGACUCACACAGUCGAAGAUGAUUCUUCCGCGGAAAGCUACUAUACGUUUGAACGGUCUUUCGACGGGUCUUUUGACGACUUUGCCUCGGCAAGUGGACAAAGGAGGGCUUCCAUUACGCCCAGGAAACCUUUGAAGCAGCAAGGCAAGGUGCUACAUACGGCCACUACUGGGCGCGAUUUCCGUUUAAGCCACUCUGGUAGUUAA